GGAGGAGACGAGGCAGGGUCUCACUUUGGGAAAAGGGAUCAGAGGCGCUUCAGUGGCUUCAGUGGAGCAACUUUAUUCAGUCAGAGUUUCUCCAUGGCAUCAGAGUCCAGGUUCUCCAUGAUCUCUGGAUCAGAUGCUGCGAGCAUCUUUAUGGAGCCCAUCCACCUCUCCUCAGGUGUUGCUGCCAAGAAAAUCAUCAACGAGGAGCUGCCUCCUCGAGGCCUUCGCACAGAGUCCAUUCCUGAGUCCAUGCUGGAGUCUGCCGAGCAGCUGAUGGUCGAAGACCUCUACAAUCGUGUGAGGGACAUGAUUGAUGACCGCAGCCCCUACAACACCCCCUGUGUGCUGGACAUCCAGAGAGCCAUGAUCCAGGACCGGCUGGAGGCUCCCAUUAACCCCGUAGAUGAGGUUUGGCCCAACAUUUUCAUCGCUGAGAAGUCUGUUGCAGUCAACAAAGCGCGUCUGAAAAGAAUGGGCAUCACACACAUACUGAAUACCGCUCAUGGGACAGGUGUCUAUACCAAUGAGUCUUUCUAUGCUGACAUGAAGAUCCAGUACCUGGGAAUUGAGAUGGAUGACUUCCCUGAUGUUGAAAUCUCACAGCACUUCCGAUCAACAGCUGAAUUCCUGGACGAGGCUCUGCUCACGCACAAAGGAAAGGUUCUUGUGGUUUCCAUGAUGGGCAUCAGUCGCUCUGCCAUCCUGGUAGCGUCUUACCUAAUGAUCUUCCAGAACAUGACAAUCAUGGAGGCCCUGACCUCCAUAAGGAAGAAACGUGCCAUCAACCCCAAUGAAGGUUUCCUGAAACAGCUGCGUGAGUUCAACGAAAACCUGAUGGAGGAGCGAGACGAUGACGAUGAAACGCUGAGCCAGUGCUCCGUAAUUGAUGCUCAUGCUCGCGCUCAGAUCUUUGGUGAAAAAGAAGAGACAGAUGAGGAAGAAAACCAGAGCAUGGUGGGGGUGAAAGCUCACUCCAUUAUGAUGGAGGAGGAGGAGGAUGGAAAAAGUGUAAUGAGUAGUGUUGCUUCUUCUGCAGCUGCUGCAGCACUCAGGAGUGGGCUGAUUGGGGUCCAGAAUGGGGUAGAUGGCCAGGAAUUGGGUCAAAAAGAAUUGAUUCUGCCAGACCAGAAUGGCAAGGAGUACUGUGAGGAUGAUGAUAAUGAUGAUGGUCUAGAUAGCAUGAUCCAUGAAUGGCAGCGCAGAAAUGAAAAAUAUCAGAGUGACGACUGGUGGGAGGCACAGCUCAAUAGUGAGGCAGAGGAUGGAGAAUCCCUCACAGGUGGUUGUCUUAAGAAGACCAAAAAAGUAGGGGACACUGAUGAAGAGAGUGUCACCAGUGAGGACAUACGAGCUGUAAAAGAACGUUUAAAAUGCCACAACAAGAAACUGUCCUCUGAUUCGAUGUCCACCACCAGCUGUACGAGUUAUUCAGAUCUUUGGAAACAGCGACUGAAGGAGAUAGAAGAACAAGCUGCAGCCCGCUACUGCAAGAAAGAAGACGAUGAGGACAGUGACAGCACCACCAUGGAAGGAGGACAGAGGAAGAUUAACGACGAAGUUGACAGUAUCUUCUCUGAAACAAGCUCGAUGUACAACUUUUGUCAGAAGAACAAGGAGAAAAUGACACCUUUGGAGCGUUGGCGCAUUAAAAGGAUCCAGUUUGGCUGGAACAAGAAAGAUCGAGAAGAUGGAGAGAAAAGUUCUGUCUGUGAUGGAGAGGAAGAACCCAAAACGCCAUCCCUGCAGGAUGUCAACCUGACAGCAUACCAAGCAUGGAAGUUAAGGCAGCAGAAGCGUCUUGGUGAGGAGAACACUGAUGAGAUUCUAGAGCUGAGCCGGGGAGAGGACUCUGCAACCAUCAAAAGGAGGCAAAGGCGUGAAGAGAUUCUGGAGCGUUCCAAGAAAACUUUAGAAGAAAGUCAAUCUAUAUGUGGGUGGGAAACAGAGAGCUGUGUCAGCGGUGGUACGAUACCUCUGUCUGCUUUUUGGGCUGGAGCUGGUGUCACAGGGCCACCAAAUGGCACCAAUGAUGACAACAUGUCCAUGCUCAGUGGGAGAUCAUCCGUCAUCUCCUCAGUUUCACAGCCAAGAAGUACAAAAACCUCUCUGUCUGUUGUGCCCCCGGUACCUCCAAUCCUUCCAGUUCCAACAGUACAAGGGCCUGGAGGUGAACCAAUGGUCAAUCUUGCUAGCAUCCAGAACUGGAUCGCUAAUGUUGUCUCUGAAACAAUCAAACAAAAGCAAAGUGAAAUGAGCCUGCCUCCUCCAUCCAGGGCUGGGUCUGAACUCAGCUUUGGCGGGGGACCAAGUUUGCUUUCAGGUCGUGGUGCAGAAGAUGAUAAAGCAUCCAUGCUGAGCGGAGCUUCCUACUCCAGCACUUUGUCCAAGGAUCGAGGCAGAGUGGCAUCUGUUCUUUCAGCUGGGGGGUCGAGCAGUUUCUCGGGUCUCAGUGAUCGAGGCUCAGCCCUGGGCUCUGACUUUGGAUCUAGUCUGGGACCAAAGAAAAAUAAGAUCACCACCACCAGUGUCCCUCUCUUCAGCCUUUUUCAAGACCAGGUCAACCUGGGAAAACUGGAUGCCAUGGACAAGGAAAUCAAAUCUGAAAUGAGGGGCAAGAUGGCUACCUAUGAAAAGAAGAAGAUCCUGGAAGACAACAAACGCAGUACCCUGUACAAGAAAAAGAAGCCAAAGGAGGAUGAAGAGGAGGAGGAGGAGGAAAGGAAGAAAAAAGAAGAGUUUCUAGAAGAAUCAAAGAAAAAGGAGAAAACAAAGAGGAGUUAUGGCUUAUCAGGGUGCCUUAAUCUUAACCCAUCUCUGGAGAAAGACAAGGACACCAGCAUUGAUGACUGGCUAAAAAGUGUCAGACCUCCUCAAAAGAAACUGUCCUCUGGUGCUGAAGAUGAUCCGUCUCAAGAUCCGUAUGAUGAGCUUGAUGCCUCAGCUUCAGAGUUUGACUUCUCAAGCCGCAGAGGCUCUUUUGCUGUUGAAGAUGAAGAUGAGGACAUGUGUGGCAUUGCAUCCUCAUAUCGAACAAGAUUAUGUGACAGAACAACAAACAAAGAUACGGAAUAUUCCUGUAAUGGAUUUGUUCAAUCCCCCAGCUUUAUCAGAGCAGAAAGAUCACAUGGAGCAUACAAUAAGACCAAUGCAGAUGUUGGCAAUGAAGAGGAAGAUGAUAUUGCAGCCUUCCUCACUCAAACCAGGCAGAGGAUCAGGGCUCGGGCUAUGGCUGAGGCUGAGGAUGAUGAGGUGCUCACUGCAUGGAGGGCUCAGCAAGAAGCUAAAUCUCAACAAAAAAGGGACACUUAACACUUUUGCUGGAUUAAAUACAAACCUUUAGGCCCCUCUCGCGCAUUACAUAAAAUAUUAAUCAGAACGUGGAUGGUCUUUUCAGGGUUCUUAAUGUUAGACUCAUGCCUUGGCGACAACCAUGAUUGUGAUAAGGUGAUGGAGACAACCUAGAACAAACGUGAUGAUAUGGUGACAUGUGGUCUUCUAGCGCAAAGCUACAUUCUAAUGGAGUCCAAGAAUAUGCUAGGCAGGGUGGGCACACAGAGCUUGAUGAGAACAAAUUUGCGAUCUACCCAUUCACGUUCUGAUAGGUUGAGUAGGUCAUUAAGAGCGUAUUGGCAUCUUCAUCCUGUGUGAUGGGGGUUUUAGUGUUUCUCUUAUGAACAAAAACCUCUCCAAGCUAACAUGGAUGUUUUGCUAAAUUACUUUUUCCUGCAGUGUUUGCACCUUUUAUCCACAGCCAUUUUGAUUAUUAAAAACAUUUUAAUGCCACUCUUUAUAAAGUGAUGAAUGAAGAAACUUAUUCGAAUAAAUUCAGUCGUCACAGUA